GGAGAGCAGGCUCUACCAGGAGAGAGACUGCCCAGGAUGUCCAUCUGCCUGCCAAAACUGACCACAGUGGUGCUGAGCCACAAGCUCAGGGCUCUGUUUAUUGUCACCAUUUCAUUUGUGUUCUUUGCCUCUGUUAUGUUCUACUGGAGAACUGGGGAGGACGCUGAGGGCCAGCUCUACAGCUUGCCUCCACAAAGCAGGUGUGAACAGUUUUUUCCUUGCCUUCCCCAUCCCACUGCUGGCAGGCCCCGUCCUCUAACAGGGAACAUAUUUUUUGUGGAGACCUCAGAGCAAACUAGUCCAAGUUACCUGUUCACAUGCUCUGUGGAGUCAGCGGCCAGGACGCACCCCGAGACAAGGGUCGUGGUGCUCAUGAAAGGUUUGGCAAACAGUAACGCCUCCUUACCCAACCACUGGGGCUUUUCAUUGCUGAGCUGCUUCCCCAACGUGGAAAUCCGGCCCCUGGACUUGCCAGAGCUUUUCUCUGGAACACCUCUGGCAAAGUGGUACUUGCAGUCUGAGCACCAGAAGGAACCUUUCUUCUUACCCGUUCUGUCUGAUGCCUGCAGAAUUGCCAUCAUGUGGAAGUUUGGUGGCAUCUACCUGGACACAGACUUCAUUGUGCUGAGGAACUUGAAGAACCUCACCAAUGCCCUUGGUAUGCAGUCUAAGUAUUUACUGAAUGGGGCUUUUUUGUCCUUUAAACCAAGGCAUGAGUUCAUGGCACUUUGUAUGCAGGACUUUGUGGAGAACUACAACAGCUGGAUCUGGGGGAACCAGGGCCCACAGCUCCUAACACGUGUCUUCAAGAAGUGGUGUUCCAUCAGUGAUAUCCAGAACAACAUGAGCUGCAAAGGUGUGAGUGCUCUUUCCCCUGAAGCCUUUUAUCCUAUUCACUGGGCAGACUGGCAGAAGUUGUUUGAAGCAAUCAGCUCCUCAGAGCUUCACCAUCUCUUUAAUAACACCUAUGCAGUGCACGUAUGGAACAAAUUGAGCCACGGGGCAAGGUUGGAGAUCACGUCUCAGGCUUUGCUGGCUCAGCUGUAUUCUCAGUUCUGCCCUGCCACAUGUGCAAAGAUGAAGAACUCUGAAGAGCAGUCAAGGCCUGCAAUGUGA